AUGUCUCACCGUAAAUUCUCGGCACCUCGCCACGGUUCUAUGGGUUUCACCCCCAAGAAACGUUCAGCCCGUUUCCGUGGUAAGGUAAAGGCCUUCCCCAAGGAUGAUCCCUCCAAGCCCAUCCACUUGACCGCUUUUCUCGGCUAUAAGGCUGGCAUGACCCACAUCGUCCGUGAUGUCGACAAGCCUGGAUCCAAGGUCCACAAGAAGGAAGUUGUUGAGGCUGUCACCAUCAUCGAAACCCCUCCACUUGUUAUCGUCGGUGUUGUUGGAUACAUUGAGACCCCUCGUGGAAUGAGAGCUUUGAAAACCGUCUUCGCCGAACACUUGAGCGAAGAUUGCAAACGUCGUUUUUACAAGAACUGGUAAGCUAUUAGGGUUUGUUUCGGAAUUUAGGUAAAACAUGUGGAAAGCUUUUCUUUUUAAGGGUAAGGCCGAAUUGGCUUGAUUUUUUUGGGGUUACAUGUGGUUUAGAGUAAUGUGAUCUCUGAAGGGCUGUCGAUCACUCCGCUGGGCGUUGUGCUUACGAGUGUCGCCGCACCGGCAAAGAUGGCCCUCCGCUGUCAAUUAUGACAUGAGGGUUCUUAAACAAGCAUCUUUGCAGGUACAAGUCCAAGAAGCGCGCUUUCACCAAGUUUGCCAAGAAAUGGCAAGACCCCGAAGGUCAGAAGAGCAUUGACACCGAUCUCGCCAAGAUCAAGAAAUACUGCUCGGUCGUCCGUGUGAUCGCCCACACUCAGGUAAAUCUUGUGCAAUUGGUUUUGUUUAUGAUUGAACUCCGCUGACCUUUGCGAUUUCAGGUCAAGAUCCUCAAGCACCGCAACAAGAAGGCCCAGAUCAUGGAAAUCCAAAUCAACGGAGGUUCCGUCCCCGAGAAGGUUGACUGGGCUAGAGAACACUUUGAGAAGCAGAUCCCUGUUGAACAGGUAUUCAACCCUGAUGAGAUGAUUGACUGUAUUGGUGUCACCAAGGGUCACGGAUUCAAGGGUGUCACCAGCCGUUGGCACACCAAGAAGUUGCCCAGAAAGACCCACAAAGGUCUCCGCAAGGUCGCUUGUAUCGGAGCGUGGCAUCCUUCCCGUGUCCAGUACACCGUUGCGCGUGCUGGUCAGAAAGGUUUCCACCAUCGUACCGAACUCAACAAGAAGAUCUACAGGAUUGGAAAAUCUGCCCUUACCCCCGAAGGAAAGAAGAACGGUUCGACCGAGUUCGAUAUCACCGCUAAGGACAUCAACCCCUUGGUGAGUUUAUUUGUUGUUUGACCACUUUUGACGCAUAAGAGAUAAACAAAUAAUGAGUCAUUCAUUUGCAGGGCGGUUUCCCCCAUUAUGGUGUAGUCAAGCAGGACUUCUUGAUGAUCCGUGGUUGCUGCAUUGGAUCCAAGAAACGCCCAAUCACCCUUAGAAAGAGUCUGUACGUGUCCAAGAAGAGAACCGCCUCCGAAAAGAUCAGUCUCAAAUGGAUCGAUACCAGUUCCAAAUACGGACACGGUCGCUUCCAGACCAGUGCCGAAAAGAAGGCCUUCCUGGGAAAACUCAAGAAGGACUUCGUCGCCGAAGCCUAA